AUGGGUUUGGGGGUUGAGAUAGAUGAUUUCCAUGAGUACCAGCCCAUCAUCCCUUUGUUUACGCAAAAUCUUCGUGAAGCCUACAGGACAGUUGGAAAGACGUCACUAAUGAGAUGGUUGUAUGAGAAAACUCGAUUGUUAAUCCUUCCCAUAUAUGGAGGAUUUCCAGUAAAAUUACGCACAUAUAUUGGAGAACCCAUCCCAUAUGAUGCAAAUAUCACUGCUAAGGAGCUGGCUUACAAAACAAAGAUUGCAAUUGAAAAUCUUCGAAACAGAUACCAAAAGCGACCAGGGAAUAUAUUAAGAGCCCUAUCAGAACGAUUUGAUAAGCACCACGAAGAUAAUUAG